UUGGGGCACAGGGUAGCGACUGCGUCUGACGACACGGGUGGGACUUGGUCGCUGCCGGAAUGAAGCCGGGAUUCCUCCUUGUUCGCUCAGCCUUGAGAAACCUGGGAGGCUAUGUGAGCUGCGGUUGAACGGCGCUGGAGGACGACCGCUUUGCCAGGAGAAAAUUGACUGCUGAGCAGUGUACAUCUGAAGAAGGAUGCUUUGUCAAAUGAGAUUGGAAGAUUUAGAAGAAACUAUAAUUCCAAGGUUAAAAAAAAAUUUACCUAUGCACAUACACAUAAUAUUGUGCACAACUGCAGAGGUGGCUUCUAGAAUCCUCUGAAGCCUAUCUUCUAGCAGGCCGUGGACUCCAUGGACUCCAAGGGAAGAAUGCAGACGAUCAAAUGUGUGGUUGUGGGAGAUGGGGCUGUAGGUAAAACCUGCCUCCUCAUCAGUUAUACAACAAAUGCCUUUCCUGAGGAGUAUAUCCCCACUGUCUUUGACAACUAUAGUGCCCAGACAUCUGUGGAUGGCCAGAUCGUCAUCCUGAACCUGUGGGACACAGCAGGCCAAGAAGAAUAUGACCGACUGCGAACACUCUCCUACCCCCAGACCAAUAUCUUCGUCAUUUGCUUUUCCAUUGGCAACCCAUCUUCUUAUGCCAAUGUGAGGCAUAAAUGGUACCCCGAGGUCUCCCAUCAUUGCCCCAACGUACCUGUUUUGCUGGUAGGCACCAAGAGGGACCUGCGGAGUGACCUUGAGACAGUGAAGAAGCUAAAGGAACAGAGCCUAGUGCCCACAACUCCUCAGCAAGGCACUUCCCUGGCUAAGCAGGUGGGGGCUGUGAAGUAUCUGGAAUGUUCAGCCCUGAUGCAAGAUGGGGUCCGUGAGGUAUUUUUGGAAGCCAUCCGGGCUGUGCUUUACCCUGCCACAAAGAAGAACACCAAGAAGUGUGUCCUCCUAUAGCUUUUGGGAUGUUGCCUGGGGACUGCACCCACAGAGAAAAAGGGGAAAUUCCCUUGAUAGCAUUUAACAUUCCCAGCAUGAGCCACUUAUCUCUUCUCCUGGAAACCCUAGGCUCCAGGUUAUUUGGUUUUUGGAGGAAUGAAGAGAGGCUAGUUUGUACUUGGCUGCUUUGAAAUUCAGUCUGAACCUUUUAGAGAAAGUUUGAGAGUGAGAGAGUGUGUCUCUCCUGUCGAAGUGAUGAGAGGAGACGUCACCAGAUGUUCUUUUUGGCACUGGCCAGGCCACAACUAAGCAGAUAAGCCUAGUACUGUUCUUUGUAGGCUUUUGCCUGACUGUUUGAAAUCUAAUUUCAGCUUUCCUGGAUGUGUUUAUCAUUGAGCUAGUACCUCACAGAUGGACAGGGUUCUCCAAGUUUUCAAAUCAUUGCCUGAGGCUUUCUGAUAAACUAAUUUUUGGAAACCAUUUUAGGUGUGAUUCCUGGGUAUUCCCAGUGUUGACAUGUUCUUCCCAUUCUUGAGAUGAGAUGCUUUUGCAAUAAUGGUUAAGCAGCAUUUCUAGAGUUCUGUGAGAUCGUAACAGAUGUUUCUUAAAAGGGUUCUAUGGGCCUCUGGCCUUUUGAGAUGGCUCACGCUCCAUCUGUGGAGUGUGUUUCUCUCUUAAUAAAUCUGCUUCUUACCUAAAACAAAAAGCGGUUCUGUGGUCAGAUAAGGCAAGAAUCAUUGAUUUAAAUAAUGCCAAAUAGUUUCUUUUACUGCAGGAAGUUUUAUAACUUUUAAUAAGUAUGCAAUAUUUCCCAAAGUUAUUUCACUGAACUUUUUUUUUUUUUUGGCCCCAUGCAGCACCUAUUAACAUCUCUGGGAACACAGUUUCACAGAUGCUGGGUUACUGGGGACUGGGUAUUCCAAUGGUGGAGACUUAAAAAAGCAUAAUGUGGUCCUAUCCUUUGUGAUGUUUCCUUCUCCGUGCCUUUGAGAGGAAUGUUUACCAGCCAUGGCCUUGUUAUUGAUUCCUCUUCCAAUCCUCAGGAGGUGGGUUUGGCACUUAGUCAUAACAGUACAUUGGCUGUGGGAUCUGAUGUUAAGAUUUGCUUUCUGAUUUUGCUAGCACUCUGGGCCCUGUGAAGUGAAAAACUGUGUCUCUGAGGCUUCUGUGUGGCCCUUUCUUCUCACAUCACCCUUCCACUGUAAGGAAAGACCACUGAAGAUUAACCCUCUAAAUAAAACCAAUGAAACAAUCAAACAAGUAAGAUGUCCUGCCAGUCUCUCUCAAGGGGUUCUGUGAUUCCCUCUGAGAUGUCUCUUCUGCUGUCAUUCCUCUGAGUCAUAAAGUCAUUCCUCUGAGUUAUAAAGGCUACUCUGCUCUCUUCCUGUUCCUCCCUCCUCUGUAUGUCUCCCUGUUUGUGUGUGUUCAGCCCUGUGUGCCUUUUGAGUUUGCUCUAAGAGUGUUGGAGUUUGUUGGGUUUCCAGGCCGAAGGGGCUGUCCUCACCCUUGUGGCAGUUUUGUUGACUUUCCUCAGUCUGCUCUGGGGUGAGAUGAGUUGACUUCUGUAUCCCCGUGGACCUGCCGCUCCUUCCCCCAGCUGUAUUUUUGACCUUCUUCAUUUGAUAUGGAAGGAAAACUUCUUUACCUGGCAGAUAGUGGUCAGGAUCUCCACCAUGCACAUGUCCUCUCAUCCUGCCAGAAUAGCAUGGGAUUUUUGAGAGUUUUGGAAAUGGAGCUAAAAGGAUCUCAUACCUCCCCUUGGGGUGGGUGAAGUGCCUGUGCUUUGCUCUGUGAUUGUCUUGCUGUUGCUCUUUGACAGGAUAUGAUCAGAGUAACCUCAAGCUGACUGAACCUCCUGGAUAGGGUUGCCAGAUAAAAUAAUUUUUUUAACCAAUUUUUUAGUGUAAGCGUGUACCGUGCAAUAUCUGGGACAUACUUAACACUAAAAAAUUAUUUUGUUUAUCUGAGAUUCAAAGUUAAUGGGGCAUCCUGUAUUUUUAUUUGCUAAAUCUGUUAACCCUACUCUUUGAGGAGGUCAAGCAAAUAUCAAGUAUUGAUAGAAGAUAAAAGGUUAUUUAAAUACUCUAUUCUUCCUCCUUUUCUUCUGGUUUCCCUUUCCCCUCACAGUGGACUAAAGUGCUUUUUUUUUCCUUCAUCACUGUACCCGCCACUUCAUGCAAUAUUCCAUUGGUGUGUAUGUCUACAAUGUUAAUUGUCUGAAGCUGUGGAGGAUCCAGGAUGAAUACUGUUGUCCAGCACUUCCCUUCUCAGUUCCAAUGUACUGUAUCUAUUUUCCAGUGUGCAACUCAGGGUCUCCUGAGGCUGGCAGGGAUUCCGUAUGAGCAGUGUGUUAACUGGAAGAGGGUGAGUGUGGCCCUCUUCAACUAAGGCUCAAUAGCACUUUGGAAAGGGGGGCUAUUACCAUAAUGUGGCUACUGUGGAGGUCAACUGGCUUCUGGGCGCUGUGCCCACUGCCCUUUUGUAAAGUCACUGGGUUUUUCCAAAGACAGUCAAAUGGAAGUGUAUUCCAGUCUCAUGAUGUUCUGAUUGAUGCCACUUUGGGUGCUCAUAGGACUUCAUGGUUGAAAGGGGCUAGAAACAUGCCUGUCACCUAGGUCUCUGGGAACUUUCUAUUUAGCUACUGGAAUCUUUUAAGUUAGCUUUUAAUAGUGCCUCCUGCUCCUCCUUUCCCUGUCAAAUUCCCAAAUGUAAGCCUGGGUUUGGUUUGGGCAAACUUGUGUUCUCUAAUAAAUGGAGGUGUGAUCCACAA